AUGAAUGCUAUAGUGACAAGGAGUGGAAAAAUCCUUGAUGAUGUUCCUAGAGCUAAUAAGGUCUCUAAACCCAAUGGGGAAGAUCAAGAGGGAGUCAUUGAGUCGAGUGACAUUGAUGCGGUAGAAGAGGAGCCUCCCAUUAAUGAUGAGGGUGAUACUACCACCCCCAAGGUGGCAACUCUUCUACCCCUCCCCACUCCUAAACUUCCCUACCCCCAAAGAUUCAUAAGACACAAGUUGGAUGUGCAAUUCGCAAAAUUUCUUGACGUCCUUCGGAAAUUGCAUAUCACUCUCCCCUUUACGGAUGCACUAAAACAAAUGCCUACCUACUCACGAUUCCCUCGGGAAAUCUUGAGUGGGAAGCGAAAUUGUGACGUAAAGGAGACGGAGCUUGAAAUAAGCAACGCCUUGUGUGAUUUGGGGGCUAGUGUUAGUCUAAUGCCUUAUUCGGUGUUCUCCAAGCUUGAAGUUGGUGAUCUUGUCCCAACCAACAUUACAUUGCAACUUGCCGACCGUUCGGUCAAAUAUCCUAUCGGCAAGAUUGAUGAUGUACCUUUGAGAGUUGGUGGAUUUGUGAUCCCCGUUGAUUUUGUGGUCCUAGACAUUAAUGAGGACGUGCAUGUCCCUAUUAUUCUAGGCCUCCCAUUCUUAGCCACGGCGGGGGAUAUAAUUGAUGUCAAGCAAGGGAACAUUACCUUGAAAGUAGGGAUGGAUAGCUUGUUCUUUGACUUGAAUAAAACCAUGAGCUACCCUAGCUCUACCAAUGAGAAAUGUUUCGUGGUAGACUCUUUUGAUCCUUUGGUGCAUGACAUGCAUGAGCAUUUGCUCACCACUAACGAUCCACUUGAGUUUGCUCUUUUGAAUAGAGAUGGCUUAGGUGAUCAAGGGGUUGAAGCGGCUAAAUACAAGAGACUAAUGGAUUCCACCCCACCUUGUGAUCAAUCGGAGCAAUGCUUGCUCGUGCUUGAUGGAAGGAAAGCUUUGGAUGAUCAUGCCCCCAAAUUGGGUGUUAGCCCAACCCUUUGCAUGCAUCAUAUCGAGCUUGAGGACAAUGUUGUCCCACAUUGUGAGAGGCAAAGAAAACUUAACCCACCUAUGGGAGAGGUGGUUAAGAAGGAAAUCAUGAAGCUUUUGGCAGCCGGGGUUAUCUAUCCUAUCUCGAAUAGUCGAUGGGUAUCCCCGGUCCAUGUGGUUCCAAAAAAGGGGUGA